CGUGUUUAUACUGCAGUGUCGCUCCAAGAGCUUUCAGUGUAGUUCGAAGCUUUGUAUGAGUCGGACCCGUAUCGGUCUUUAAACGAAAAUUUCUCCGACUCACGAUAAAAUAUAAUAUGCCCGUGUCGCGCAAGAAGUACAUAAAAGUAGUUCUACUCUAAGUAUGCUCGGUUGUGAAUUUAUUUUGGAUGCCUUUUUUCAAACAGUGAUUUAGUGCUCCUGUUGAAGGAUUAUGACAAAAAAGUGACUAAAAAACGUUUUUUUUUUUUCGUCGAAAUGUUGUUCCUGAUUUUCGGUGUUUUAGUUUUCGGGUUGUGCGGAGCGACAAGGUUCGAUGCCAGCGAGCAAUGCAGCUGGUUACCGGACAAUCACGAAGGUAGCUCCAAACUGGCUGUGACAUGUAACUUAAGGCUUCUGGAUGAACGCGGUGGCAACUUAACAAAUAUCCCGCAAGAACUGACUUCAAAACUAAAAAUCGUUUGCUCCAAUGCCAUUUUUUACGAAAGUGUUUUGCCAUCAACCCUUCACAGACUUCACGAAUUGGAAGACUUAAGAAUAACAAACUGCAAAUUACUCUCAAUCGAAGACAAUUCCUUUGAGGGAUUAUACAAUGUUAAGAAGUUGUUCGUGAAUAGUUACAACGCUGACUGGGGGCAAACGAAAAGUCUGGAGCUGACAAGUUUCAGUUUUCAAGGGUUGAAGGAACUUCAAGUUUUGGACUUAGCCCAGAACGGUAUUCGUGCGGUGCCGGAAGGCGCCUUUUGCACUUUGGCCAAUUUGCAAACUUUGAAUUUGACCCGCAACAAAAUUCGCAGUUCAGAAAGAAUUGGGAUUAGUGCCGCAGAAUGUAGUUCGAGCGAACUACAAAACUUGGAUUUAAGUUUUAAUGACCUGACAGUUUUAGGAGAAGAUAGUGGAUUUUCGAAAUUACGCAGAUUACAAAAUUUGAAUUUGCAAUUUAAUAAUAUAACUGAAGUUUCUGGUGAAAGUUUGGCAGGACUAGUUAGCUUGAAAGUCUUGGAUUUCUCCAACAAUAAAAUUGGAUCACUCCCACAAGGAUUAUUUGCUGGAUCUCCUGAACUGAAAGAAAUCCAUUUACAAAAUAAUUCUCUAUAUUCCUUGGCAAAGGGAUUAUUUCAUCGUCUUGAACAACUUUUGGUAUUGGAUUUGAGUGGUAAUCAGCUUACAAGUAACCACAUAGACAAUGGAACUUUUUCAGGACUUAUUCGCUUGAUUGUGUUAAACCUGUCGCACAACGCCUUAACGCGAAUAGACUCCAGAACUUUCAAAGACUUAUUUUUCCUGCAAAUAUUGGAUUUAAAAAACAACUCAAUUGGAUUUAUUGAAGAUAAUGCCUUUUUGCCCUUAUACAACUUGCAUACUUUAAACCUGGCUGAAAACCGUUUAAAUACCAUUGGCCCCCAACUAUUCAAUGGGCUUUUUGUUUUGAGCAAAUUGACUUUGAAUAACAAUCUGGUAGUGACUAUUGAUGCUCGUGCUUUUCAAAACUGUUCCGCUCUAAAAGAACUUGAUCUCAGCUCAAAUGCACUAGCAGAUGUUCCAGAAGCCAUUCAAGAACUUUCGUUCCUAAAAACGUUGGAUUUAGGCGAAAAUCAGAUAAGUGAAUUUCGUAACGGAUCGUUCAAGAACUUAAAUCAGCUGACUGGAUUAAGAAUGAUCGAUAAUACUAUCGGCAACUUAACUCGAGGUAUGUUGUGGGACUUACCUAGUUUGCAAGUGCUUAAUUUGGCCAAAAAUAAAAUCCAGAGCAUCGAACGCGGAACUUUCGAGCGAAAUACUCAAGUUGAAGCCAUAAGAUUAGAUGAAAAUUUUCUGACAGAUAUUAAUGGAGUUUUUGCUACUUUGGCAAGUCUUUUGUGGCUCAAUUUGUCAGAAAAUCAUUUGGUCUGGUUUGAUUAUGCUUUUAUACCGAGCAACUUGAAAUGGCUGGAUAUUCAUGGAAAUUUCAUAGAGCAUUUAGGAAAUUAUUACAAAAUCCAAGACGAAAUAGGCGUGAAAACUUUAGAUGCUAGCCAUAAUAGAAUUACAGAAAUUUCGUCAAUGUCAAUACCCAACAGUGUAGAAUUAUUAUUUAUUAAUAAUAAUUUUAUAAAGAAAGUUCACCCAAAUACUUUCUUAGAUAAAGCAAAUUUAGCUAGAGUAGACAUGUAUGCUAAUGACUUAGUUAAUUUGGACUUAAAUGCUUUAAGAGUUGCUCCAGUGCCCAGCAAUCGCUCUCUUCCAGAAGUCUACCUAGGUGGAAACCCUUUCCAUUGCGACUGCACUAUGGAAUGGCUACAAAUCAUCAACAGUAUGGCUGGCUCAAGACAAUACCCGAAAGUUAUGGAUUCAGACAAUGUUAUGUGUAAAAUGACUCAUUCUAGAGGUAUGACUCAUAUGCCAUUAAGCCAAGCUAAAGCUAGUGAUUUUCUAUGUACCUAUGAAACUCAUUGCUUCACUUUAUGUCAUUGUUGUGAUUUCGAUGCAUGUGACUGUGAAAUGACUUGCCCCAAUAAUUGCAGCUGUUAUCAUGAUCAACUUUGGAAUACCAACGUUGUUGAUUGUUCUGGACAAGGUGCAGCAGAAAUUCCACAAAAAAUCCCCAUGGAUGCCACUGAAGUUUAUUUGGAUGGCAAUUAUAUAAAAGAGCUACAAGAACACGCAUUUAUUGCAAGAAAAAACUUGAAAACUCUUUAUGUAAAUAAUAGUAAUGUAGAGUCUAUUCAAAAUAGUACUUUCAACAGCCUACAUGCUUUGCAAGUAUUGCAUUUAGAAGAUAAUAAACUUAAAUCAUUGAGAGGCUAUGAAUUUGAACAUCUUGGCAACUUAAAAGAGCUUUAUUUGCAAAAUAACAUUAUUGGAAAAAUUGCCAAUAAAACUUUUGAACCAUUAACUUCCUUGACAAUUCUUCGACUUGAUGGAAAUAAAUUGACAACAUUUGCAGUAUGGCAACUUUCAGCAAACCCCAAACUUAAUCAAAUCACGAUGGCGAACAACCCAUGGUCGUGUCGCUGCAAGUUCCUGCAAGGAUUAACCAGUUGGGUGGCAGAAAACGCAGUAAAAGUUUUAGACAGUUCGAAUUUAAUGUGCUCUAUUCCUGAUACAAAACCGACCCAAAAUCGCGAAUUGGACUUUAAUUCGACCGCGUGCAGUGACUAUUACGCCGGUAGUUCAGUAAUUGACUCUAUGCUCGUCAGUGACUAUUGGCCCAUGGUCGUCGUGACUCUUUGUAUAGUAAUCAUUAUGUUGCUAUUAGCGGUUCUAUGGUUCGUUUUCCGAGAUCCGGUACGUGUGUGGCUCUACUCGCGCUAUGGAGUACGUUUGUGCAACUUCAGAGACUCUAGUUCCAAACAGUUCGACGACAGUGACAAACUUUAUGACGCUUUUGUGUGCUACAGUCCCAAAGAUGAAGAAUGGGUGGUCCAAAGUCUUGCUGGUCAGCUAGAGCCCAGCUACCAAAUGUGUUUGCACUAUAGGGAUUUGCCAAAUACUGCAUAUAUUCAGCACGCAGCUCCUGCAGUUUUAGAGGCCUCUGAGGCUAGUAGGCGAGUGAUUAUGGUUUUGACAAGGAAUUUUUUGGAGACAGAAUGGGCCAGAUUUGAUUUGAGACAAGCCUUCCAUGAAGCUCUAAAAGGCAGAAUUUAUAAGCUUGUGAUUAUUGAAGAAGGUAAUCUUCAUGAAGCUAUCAUGGAUCCUGAGUUGAGGCUUUAUCUCAAAACUGCAGAAAGAGUGCGAUGGGGUGAAAAAAGGUUUUGGGAAAGGUUAAGAUACGCCCUUCCCUCAAUUGAAGCCAGAGGCAAAAUUAACGCCAAUUAUAGGCGAAAUAUAAAUAAUUAUACCAUCGACUCCAGGGUGGUGCCCAAUGGUACUCACCACUCGCACCAUCACCAUUUUCCUGAAAAAAUCAGGACGCAAGGGCCCCCUUCUCCAGGCAUGCAAAUGAUUCCUCCUCCAGCUUACUCAGCAGGAGUACCGCAGGAAUCGGAAGAUGCCAACUAUUCAUCUGCCACUACAGCUACACCUUCUCCAAGGCCUUCGAGACGAAUGACCCAAGAGCCGAGGCCAAUUUCCGAUCAUAUAUAUUCCAGUAUUGAUUCGGACUAUAGUACCCUUGAAAGAGGGCCUUCUGGUAGACGAGGGGUACCACAACAAUGGAGACCUCCUCACGUAGUCCUGCAGUCUUCUGGGCUUCAUCAUAAUGGUGGACAGGCCUAUCUUGUGUGAUAACUUUUCCUGACUGAUUAGGUAUAUAUGUAUUUUUUAAAAGACUUAAAAAAUUCUUUUUUGUGGCAUAUUAAAAGUUUUUUUCUCUCAUUUUAAAAUAUUUUCUGUCCUUUAAAAAAAGAUUAAUUGAUAUUAAUAAAUGAGCUUCUUAAAUGCAAAUUAACAGAAUUUUUAAUGAAAGUGAUUUAAUCUGUAUAGUUCUGUUAUGUUUGCUUAUUAUGUGCUUUAGUCUAUAUUCUAAAAUGUUAUAACUAUUUAAUCUUGUAAGCAUAUAAAUUAUUGUUAAUAAUGCGGUUAAUUUAUGUUUAAGUCUGCCAAUGAAUCAAUUAUUAUAUUUUUUUACAUAUUCAAAAAAGUACAUUUAAAUGUGCUAUUAUUGAAAUAUUGAAUAAAUACACAUAUUUAAUUGAAUAUUCACACCUAAAUAUUUUUGAUUUUCCUAUAUGAUUAGAGUAGGUACUUUAGUUUUCUAUGUUUUUUUUUUAAUCCAAAAAUCACAAAUUUCUAGAGUUGUGAAUGUUGACUUUCUCUUAACUAAUUGUAUAGGUAAAUCAUCAAUAAUAUAUUUUUUUCCCUUACUAAACAAAUUUUAGUAUAAUUACCAAAUUAAAUAAAUAUUUUUGUGAUAGACUUAUAGAGCAUACCAUGACCUAAUACUGGAUAUUAUUUGGGUUACAAUUUUUGUUCAUUAUACUAAAAUUUGCUCUUUUUUUUAUAACAUGUAUAAAAUUGUAUAUAUUUUUCUACUAUAAACUGAAAAUCAAAGGUAAUAUGUCACAAAAAAAACAUUGUGUAUAAAAUACUAAAAGAUAGUUACUAAUAAGUACGAAUGAAAAAAAAAAAAAACGUGUAAUUAUUUUCCUCUUGUAUUAUUUUUGUACAGUCCUUGUAUAUAGAUAAUAUUUAUUUGUUUUACCAUUUUAUUGGUUUGUACUAUGUGUAUAUUUUUUACGAAUUGCAAAAAAAAUCGAAUUAUAUAAUAAAUAUGAUGUGAAAUUUA